GGCAAUAUCAAAAGGAAACUGAUGCAGACAGCGUCAUGCUUCCCCCGCUUGAAGAUGCGCUUCUUCAAGAGAAUCCUGAGUUUGCAACUCUCUACAACACCUUGACCACGGCCAUCCUCAACCCCGAUGGCUCUAGCAAAAACGACCCCUCUAAUAAGGAACGAGAAGCUACUCGACAGAAACUAAAAGCACACCGCCUCAAUGCUGCUAAGCAACAUCUCCUUGUUCAUGCCCUCUCCACAGCCACACCGCCGCCUCUACCGUCCGCUUCAGCCCGGAGGACCACAUCCGGCUCGAGACCCGCGGGGGCGUCAGAGCUACCCGAGCCACUCCUCGAUCUACUAUUCCUCCUUCCGCCGCUCCUCACCCCGACUCCCGAGGUAGAAACCCUCCUCGCCGACCCGACCCUCCUCCUCACCUCCCCUCCGCUGUGCGACCUCCCAUCCCUCCUCCCCCAGCUCGGCGACCUAGUCUCGGCAUCCCUGCACCAGGCAGCAUUGAGCCUGGCGCGGCACACCAACCCGACCACGAACCCAUCCUACCUCCACCGGCACCUCCCGACACUGGGACCGGGCAUCACGGCCAGCCACGCCGCGCUUGCGACCGCCAAGGCAGAGCUGUCUCGCGAGCGGCUAGCCGCCGCCACCGCGGUGCAAAAACUGCUCGACCUCGAGGCGCAGACGCUCGGCAGUCUGGCGCGCACGCUUGAGGCCAAGCACGGCGCGUCGGCCCGCAGCCUGGAGCUCCGGGCCGCUGAGGUGGCGCUGUCGGCGCGCCAGGGCGAGGCCGAGGCUAAGGCAGCGUUGUACCGCGCGCGGCGCAACGUGUACUCGCCCGAGGCGGGCGAGGCGCUAGAGGCGUACGCUGCGCACCUGCGGGACUCCAAGGUCAGGGUAUUCGAGGCCUGUCGGGCGCGCCGGGCGGAGCUCGCUGAAUAUGGAGUUGUAGAGGGUGAUGAUGAGGACGGUGAGGUGGAGAUGGGUAAGAAGGAGAAGGCAAUGAGAGACCUGGCAAAGACGUAUCAUGAUAUGGGAAGACAAAUCAAUGAAGUUAAAAGGGAUCUAGACAGGUUAGAUCGUGCCUGAGCUGGGCGGCCCCCUAGACCAGUAAAGUUUCAUACAUGGUCUUGAAGAUGGUUCGAUUUUUCUGUUAUACACCUGGCUUGAUGCUGUCGUCUAUGUUCUAGAGCAACCCAAGGAGAUCUAUCCAGUUCGUCGACGUAGAUUGAAAUGGAAAGAAAGCUUUGAUGUACAUCUAAAAGAAUCCCAGAAAAAAAGAGAAUACAGCCGGCGAAUCUUUUCCUCACCUGCGGGUUAUCUUGCAGAAAAAAACACAGUUGCCGACGCAAAGCCACCCUUCACAGAAAUUCUUUUUCACCACGCGCCUGCUCGCCAUUACCAUCUAACCCUUGAUCUUGAAGAUAGCCUCAGCAAGACGGCCAACGUUCUCGCUGGUGAUACCAGCGACCGAGAUACGGCCGUCCUUGGUGGCGUAGACCGAGU